AUGACGGCAGGAGCAGAGGAGGUGAAGUGGAAGCCUCUCGGGCCAGAACCUCCACUGCCGGGCCAUAAACAGCUCCAUUACAGAGACUUUCAGGUCCAAAUGCGUCACGUACUGUGUCCUUUGGAAACUCUCUCCCCCUCCAUCUCUGGAACUCUCUCCCCUUCCAUCUCUGGAACUCUCUCCCCCUCCAUCUCUGGAACUCUCUCCCCCUCCAUCUCUGGAACUCUCUCCCCCUCCAUCUCUGGAACUCUCUCCCCCUCCAUCUCGGGAACUCUCUCCCCCCUCCAUCUCGGGAACUCUCUCCCCCUCCAUCUCUGGAACUCUCUCCCCCUCCAUCUCUGGAACUCUCUCCCCCUCCAUCUCUGGAACUCUCUCCCCCUCCAUCUCAGAAACUCUCUCCCCCUCCAUCUCUGGAACUCUCUCCCCCCCAUCUCUGGAACUCUCUCCCCCUCCAUCUCAGAAACUCUCUCCCCCUCCAUCUCAGAAACUCUCUCCCCCUCCAUCUAUGGAACUCUCUCCCCCUCCAUCUCAGAAACUCUCUCCCCCUCCAUCUCUGGAACUCUCUCCCCUUCCAUCUCUGGAACUCUCUCCCCCUCCAUCUCAGAAACUCUCUCCCCCUCCAUCUCAGAAACUCUCUCCCCCUCCAUCUCUGGAACUCUCUCCCCCUCCAUCUCUGGAACUCUCUCCCCCUCCAUCUCAGAAACUCUCUCCCCCUCCAUCUCAGAAACUCUCUCCCCCUCCAUCUCUGGAACUCUCUCCCCCUCCAUCUCAGAAACUCUCUCCCCCUCCAUCUCUGGAACUCUCUCCCCUUCCAUCUCUGGAACUCUCUCCCCCUCCAUCUCAGAAACUCUCUCCCCCUCCAUCUCAGAAACUCUCUCCCCCUCCAUCUCAGAAACUCUCUCCCCCUCCAUCUCAGAAACUCUCUCCCCCUCCAUCUCUGGAACUCUCUCCCCCUCCAUCUCUGGAACUCUCUCCCCCUCCAUCUCUGGAACUCUCCCCCUCCAUCUCUGGAACUCUCCCCCUCCAUCUCUGGAACUCUCUCCCCCUCCAUCUCUGGAACUCUCUCCCCCUCCAUCUCAGAAACUCUCUCCCCCUCCAUCUCAGAAACUCUCUCCCCCUCCAUCUCUGGAACUCUCUCCCCUUCCAUCUCAGAAACUCUCUCCCCCUCCAUCUCAGAAACUCUCUCCCCCUCCAUCUCUGGAACUCUCUCCCCCUCCAUCUCAGAAACUCUCUCCCCCUCCAUCUCUGGAACGCUCUCCCCCUCCAUCUCAGAAAGUCUCUCCCCCUCCAUCUCUGGAACUCUCUCCCCCUCCAUCUCAGAAACUCUCUCCCCCUCCAUCUCUGGAACUCUCUCCCCCUCCAUCUCAGAAACUCUCUCCCCCUCCAUCUCUGGAACUCUCUCCCCCUCCAUCUCAGAAACUCUCUCCCCCUCCAUCUCUGGAACUCUCUCCCCCUCCACCUCAGAAACUAUCUCCCCCUCCAUCUCUGGAACUCUCUCCCCCUCCAUCUCAGGAACUCUCUCCCCCUCCAUCUCUGGAACUCUCUCCCCCUCCAUCUCAGAAACUCUCUCCCCCUCCAUCUCAGAAACUCUCUCCCCCUCCAUCUCUGGAACUCUCUCCCCCUCCAUCUCUGGAACUCUCUCCCCCUCCAUCUCAGAAACUCUCUCCCCCUCCAUCUCUGGAACUCUCUCCCCCUCCAUCGCAGGAACUCUCUCCCCCUCCAUCUCUGUAA